UCAGGGCAAAAAAAAAAAGAAAAAGGUUGUUUAUUGUAGUAAAAAGCCACGAUAAUCUUGCCACCAAAUUUGUUGUCUUAUAAAGUGCUGUGCCAAGAUCAGGUGAUAAAUGGCUACAGGAACAUUCUUGCAUGCCUUACUCAUUAACUUCAAAAGUAAUAAACAUCAAAGAAGAAAUUAAAAAAAAAAGUAAAAGGAAUUUGUCAUCUGAAAAAGAAAAUAUCAUGACAGAAGGAACGAAAUCCAUUACUGCUAGUCCAACAGUAACAACAACAGGAGUAACAACAGACGCAACACCAAAAGAAGUGAACAGCAACCACGAGACAUCAUUAAGCGUAGCAAAAGCAGACUUCUCCAUUACAAUUCGGUCACAAAGCACGGCCACAUUGAAUGCAGUAUUUCAGCGACUCAUGGAUGUUAUCCAUGCAACCGUCCCAGCACGCUCAAUUCGAGGGCCUAUUCGUUUACCCAAGGAAGACAAAAUUCAUUCCCGUCGAGUCGAUAUUAAAUUCAUUUCAGAAACACAAUUGCGCUCGAUAGCAGAACAGUCCGGGGUCAAGUUGUCUGAUAUGGCUGGUGAGGAUAGGAUACAGGACGAUGGAUUAAUUGUUUCAUUUGAUAUUGAAUGAAAAUGUGACAAUUAUGGCUCUAUUAGUAAUAAAUCAUAAUAUAUAUAUA